AUGAGUACUUCAGCGGUUGAAGUUAGUGGUGAAAAAGUGAAAGCAAUGUGGGAUAAGAGAUUGACAGAAAUAUUUUCUGAUAUUUGUAUUAAAGAGAUAUUGAAAGGUAGUAGGCCUGGUACUCAUUUCACAAAAGAUGGAUGGUUGAAAAUAAUGACCAACUUUGAGAAAGAAGCGGGCAAGGUUUUUUCACAAAAACAACUUAAAAAUAGGUGGGAUGCUCUAAAAAAAGAAUGGAAAGCUUGGAAGAAACUUAAAGGCGAAGAUACUGUUCUAGGGUGGAAUCCUAUAAAAAGAACCAUUGAUGCACCGGAUGAUUGGUGGGAGAGUAGGCUAAAGGUUGUGCCUGAAGCACAAAAAUUUAGAACAUCGGGCAUUGAUCCUGAAUUCGAAGGGAAGUUGGACCAAAUGUUCAUGGGGAUAGUUGCAACCGGUGAUAAAGCAUGGGCACCUUCUUCUGGUACACUCUGUAGUGAUUUUUUUGAGGAUGUUAACAACGAAAUACCUAAAGAGAAUGAAGAAGAAAAUGUGAGAAAUGAUGUUCACAUUUUAAAUGAUGUUCACAUUUCAAAUGAUGUUCAAAUUUAUGGAAAUGGUCAAAAAAGAAAAAACCCUGAGAUAUCAAGUUCACAAUUUAAAACUGGAAGAAAAAAAUCCUCAAAGCAAAUUGGAGGGGCUGCAAGAUUGUCCAGUCAAAUAGAAAAAUUAUGCAAUGCAGCUGACAAUAUGAGUCAAGCCACAUCUAGUUUGACUCCUGUUAUGAAUCCAUAUGGUAUUCCACAAGUAGUCAAAGUGCUUGACAGCAUGUCGGAAGAAGUUCCAGAAGCUAGUCCGUUAUACUUUUUCGCACUUAUAUUAUUGCUCAAUAAGGACAAGAGAAUUAUGUUUUUAUCAAUUAAUCCCAAGAUUAGAGCUUUGUGGCUUAAGACAGAAAUGGAGAAUAGUUGA